AAGUCGGGCCUUGCCCACGAUCAGGUGGCGCAGCGGGCCGGCCAUGGAGAAACGCAGGGCAGGGAGGGACGCAGGCGUCACGACGCAGACACAGGCAGUCCAGGGUCCUGGUCUGACUGAGCGGAGAAAAGAGGGAAAGUAAAGGGCGCGUGCGUGCCGCUCAGCAGCUCGCACGUCCGGACAAUCGUGGAUUCGUUGAGUUGGUUGGUUGAGAAGCCCGGCUGUACAUUUCCUUUCUUCGUUCCUUUCCCCGCUUUCAAAUCCAUGCUUCAUUGUCUGGCUCAGGCGACUCUUCUUCACCCUACCUCGCGCAACGGCUCGCGCUAGCCAUGUCGUUGUCAUCAUCGACAACGCAGUCGCAGCCGUUGGCGCCAUCGCCAUCGUCAUCGCCGUCGCAGCAUGGCCUUGUCCGCGAUGGCGCUGCUCAGCGAAAUACUGUCACCACCUACUUGAUCACUGCCCUCGUCAUCCUGUUCACUGUCCUCUUCUUCUUCCGGUCCAUCCUCCCUCGUAUCAUUCGAGCGGCCUCUCGUCACUUUAGCGUCCGUCGCAUUGGACCCAGAGGGAUUCGCGAUCUGCAAUGGUCUUCGCCCACGUCAUCUACCGUUGUGCGAGUCAAGCGCAUAUACGCUACUUUCGGCAAAAGCAAGGAGAGGGCUCAACGGAGCUGGCUCACCAUCAACGUGCAAGGCGUGGACGUGCGCGUACCCCAUAAUCCGGAUGCAGAAGCCGCUGAGGAGCAGAAGAAAGCCAAGGCUCGAGCUCAGCGCGACAAGGAAGAAGAGGAGGAGCGGCAGGAGAGGGAGCAAGAGGAGCAGCGUCUCGAAGCUCUCGUGCAGGGAAGUAGCGCGGGUCUCUCGAGGGGUACGACGCCUCGCUCCGUCAGCGCAACCACUCCAGCAGACAUCGAGCAAGAUGGCAAGGCCAGCAAUGCUGCCCAGGCUGCGACCCGCUUCCUCCUCGACUCGGCCUACCCCAGGACUCGCGACGCAAUCGUCCAAGCUGCUCGAGGCGUCCUCUUCGUGCUAGCAUCGGCUCUGCCGGCGCUUGUCUCCAUCAUUGAGAUCCAAGUGCACGCCGUCGAGGUCCAUCUUGAGGAGGCCGAUGCCGUAUUGAGCAUACAGCGUGCUGGCAUCGAAUUCUCCAUGGAGCUCGUCUCUAUGCGUGUUACAGACAACGAGGGGAUCAAGGAGACGGAGUGCGUCCCGACUAGCGAGGGCCUCUAUCGACGCUGCAGAGAAAUGGUGUCUGCCGUUUCAAAUCGUAUCAGCUCCUCUGCUCGCGAUACGGCCUCCCUCAUGACAGCAGGCUUGCCCGCCGGGCGUGCGAGCGCUCGUCUACGCUUGAGCGAUUUGCGUCUUCGCGAGGCUAAGAAUUCGUCAUCAGAAAACGUUCUUGACCUGCCUAGCGAGUCGCAGCUUCAUGUUGGCCUCUUGCUGGGACCCAGUCUACGGCUGAGGGGCAAGGAGGCCGUCGAGGUCCACCUCAAGACGUCGGACAUCAAGGUUGGGGUUGAUGCCCUCUACCGAGUCGUCCGCGUAAUCGAGGAGCGCAAGGCCAUGCGAAUGGGUCCCAUGCCAACUGCAGAUGGUCUCGAAGACGGCGACCGCUCUGGCCUCUCCAAGCACUUUGUCAGCCAGCGCAAGCAACCCGCAGCAAAGGCUCUCAUGGCUCUUCGCGCAGCAUCCCUCACGAUCCCGAGAAUCCGGAUCGCAGCAUCACCAAAUCCAAUCGAUUGUGACUAUGCCCGCAGUAUCGAUGAGGAGCAAAGGCAGCGUCUACCUCGCCACAUCGAAGUGGAGGCUAUCGUCGAGGGCAUUGGCCUGUCGGUAUCUACCAGCAGCCCUCGCGACGCUGCUCAUCGUCGAUGGCUCGGGUCAUGCGGCAUCCUCAAUCACAAGUCGUUACGUGGCGAGACCCAAUUGACUCGGAAGGCCAAGCUGACAGAAUAUCGCCGUGCUUUCAAGCUCGACUUUGCGAUCAAGAGCGUACAAGCGUCUUGCCGGCUCAAUGACGACCAGCAUCGCUCUGAGCUGCUUCAUCUCGGCCAACUCAAAGUGCAAUCGCGCUCGACGUGGACGCCCUUUGGCGUUCUCCCCUCAGCGAUGUGUGACGGCGAAGGCCCGCCACGCUACUUCGCAGGCGAUCCCAACGAGGAAAGCGUUGUGGCUGAAGUCUCUCUGGCCCAAGUGAGAGGCGAUGUCAAGCUAAAUGCCCUCACUGGUCUGGUUGCCUUUGCAGAGAUGCGCCAAGAAGAGCGGCGAGAGAUCAGGAAGAAGCUCAGCCUCGACAAGCCGCCAAAGAAGAACAAGGUACAGCUCCUCGACCACGUACCCAAGCUCUCCUGCAGCUUCGAAGUCAAGGAUGUGUGCUACCGCGUCGAUGCCGGCCACGAUGUAGCCAUUCGUCCGACCAAGAUGCAGCCCCGCCAUUCCAGCCUCAUCUUCAAGCUGCCAAGCCUCGCCUACGUCGCUCACGGCAACUAUAAAGAAUCUUUUGUCAAGCGGUCAGAACUCGAGCGUCGAGCGGCUUGGAAGGCUCUGGCAAAUGACGAGCUUGAAUGGUCUAUCAUGUCCGACUACAAGAGCCAGGGCCCUGGCAUGACCUCGCCCAAGCUUCCUUCGGCUGGCUUCGCGUCAUUCGUCGGACGAGUGAAAGACCAGUUCAGCCCAGGACGUGCGCGCAAUGCGGACGAUUCAGCGUCAUCAGCAUCGUCUCCGCCGAUGACUCGUCCCUCAAGCCCGGCAUCUCGACGAGAAGAACCGCAAUCGGGCAUGUCGAUCGAGGAGGCGGUGAGGCAGAUGAAGGAGCUGCAGAAGCGCGAAGACGAGCAGCAAAAGAAUGAGCGGGAUGACGAUGGGAUCCAGGAGGUCGAGGUGCCCGCAACGACUGCUUCUGGCCAGAAGACAACGCGCCUCAUCAGAGUACCACCUCAUCUCACCCGAAAAGCUUCGACGGCAUCAAAGGACGACAGCACAGCUACGUACGCCUUUGAGUCGCACUUCAGCUGCCCGUCUGUAGAGAGCUUCUUUGUCUUGGCUCGCAGCGAAGGAGGGGAUGAGGGCGAAGGUGGAGGCGCCGGUGAGAGCGAGCGCGACGACGAGGGCAAGGAGCCAUCUGCAUCCGGGCUCACGCGCCUUCAACUUCUGACGGUGACCAAUAGUGAGCUCGGCCUUAGCGGCACGCUUCCUGGCAAGGAGGACCUGGCUAGCAACCGCGUCUCGCUGCAGCUUCGCAAGCAUCAGACGCAGAUCAAGGCCAUCGUCGAAGAGAUUGACGUCGAGGUUUGGCAUCCCAAAGCCUUUGCGUUUGCCCAGACGGUCAUCGAUGGGCUUCAGGCUGCUCGCCGGCCGUUUAAGGACGAGAGCGACGAGUCGUCAGAGGAGAAGAGCGAAGAGGCAGAGGAGGAGAAGGAGGCAGAAGAGAGCAAGGCGGUCAUCGACCGCAUUCCAACUGGCGCCGACAUCUGGAUCUCCAUCGGCGGCAUCCUCGCCCACAUCGGCGGCAGCGACGUCAAGUGCGACCCUCACCUGACUCGAGGCGUCGGCUUCGAGGCAAGACGCAUCGUCGCCGAGCUUGCAUGCCAGUCUCGAGACGCUGCAUUCUCUAACACUCGACCAGAUUGGGGACACCGCAGCGCGCUACUACUGCCAGAGGACGUCAAGACCUCUGCCUCUUCCUUGGCAAGUCGUCAUGGCAAAUCGGCUGUGGGUAAGCUCAGCCUGUAUGAGAUUGGUGUCUUCCCCCUGCUCGACGUUGAACAAGCUGUCCAGCUCGUCGGACCGGACGGUCAUGCUCUGGCCCACGAACCAACAUCUAAGCAGACCGACGAUGCCGAUGCGCCGUCCGUCUUCGCGGACGCUAUCUGGGACUUCCAAGAGCGACAGCCUGCAUUCCGUGCCUCAGCUCGUCGACGCUACCAUCAAGAGGAUCGUUCACAGAACUUCAUCUUCUGGAUGCCCUAUUCUGGCACCAAGAUCACCGUGCGGCCCCCUGGCGCACAUGCUGAGAAAGUUGGCAAGCGCCUUGACGAGGUCACCAUCAUCGGAGAAGGGACCCGUCUCUUGGCAUUCAAGAUCCAGCUCCUUCACACGUACUGCGUCUUGAUCGCUGUUGCAGCUCUACGCGAUCUCUCACCGCGGCAUCGCUCACCUGUUGUCAAUCCGCCCGAGUCGAAGCCCGUUAACCAGCCUUCGAAAAAGCAGGUGCAUCGCCAUGAGCCGACGGUCUUCGUCGACUUUGGCAUCAGUGACGUCCACCUUUACGUGGAUUUGCCCGAGCAGGUCCGGUUGUUCGUGCACCUGCGACGACUGGACGUACGCAAGACGCAAUUGAAUGGGCUCUCUGUCUCCUUCGAGUCGCUCAUGGGCGCAGUCGAGAGCCCGAGGAUGCUGGCCACGGAGCUGUGGGAAGAGGCAGCCCGACUGAGAGAUUGGACCGUCACUGUUCAGCCUGGUGGUGGACCGGAGGGAAAGCUCAAGGUCACUGUCAACGGAGACGGCGCCACGAUGCGCAUCCCCUUUGGGUACGUUGUUCACAACAUCAUCGAUUCGGCUUCGGUGGCGUUCAAGGCGACGAAGCAGCUCGUGCAUCAAUUUGUCAAAGGUGCAGAGGACUCUGCCAUCACGCCUGUGGGCGAGGAUCCCAAGCACCUGCCCUUCAUUGACCUCAAUAUCCGUAUAAUGACCAUCGAGGCUCAAGACGAUCCCAUCGAGACGCGUCUCAAUAUUAUCUGGAGAGCUGGUGGCGACGAAAAUCGAGCCAGGCUGGAUAGAGAAGAGGCGUUUGAGGCCAAGGUCAACAGCCUCACUGGGGUCGGAAGCGGUGCAAAUGGCGCUUCGCAGAGCACCAUCUCUCUUGACAGCUCUCGAUCCUCCUCGAUUUGGGAGAACAGCGAGUCUGAGGACGAGGGUGACGGCGAGCCUCGCUCUGAAGCGUCCUCUAAUCGCGGCGGCGCCUCCUCUCGCCAAGAGUCUUCACGCGUCUCAUCGCAGUUGAUCAGUGAGGCGAGGGAGCGUUUGGACGUCUACAACUCCACCAGCUGGAUCCGCCGACACGCCAAUGCAAAGGCAGAGCAGGGUCGUAGAGAGGACGCUGUGCUCAAGAAGAUCUUUGGGCGCUAUCCUUCCCUUCGCCAAGCCGUUGAGUUGCCGAUCAAGAUGGCCCAGCCAACUCGCGCUGCGCCCCUUUUCCGCUCCAGCAUGAUGCAGAUCGCCAUCAGCGUAGGACCGACCUCCUUCUCCGAAGACAAGCUGCGCGACUGGCUUCACGAGCAGGGCAACGGGACGCCGAAAGAUCUUCCUUACUCACUCCUCGUUCCCUUCCACAUGCGAUGGCGCAUGUCAGAAUGGAGGUUCGAGCUGCGCGACUAUCCGAUCCCGCUACUCCAUAUCCCGCCCACUCGGUCGGAUCAACCCUCGACGAUGCCUGCCUUUGAGCUUAGCGGGGACAUGUGCAUCGCUGAGCACCUGUCAGAAGGCUCUCAGUCGAUCCGUCACGUCCCCGCAGUGGUUGUACCUGCUGCAACGGGCCGAGCUGAUGCGAAGGAAUACGGCAUCAACGUGCCCAAGGUCGCCAUGCCUGUCAAAUUCUACGGCUCUCCAGUCAUCGACGUCAACUCGUCGUACCCAACGCGCUUCGCUUGGGGUCAGUCACUGCAGCCCGCGAUUCAGGACAUGGUCCGAGUCUUCGACGGCAUUUCAAGUCCCCCGCACGAUCCAUCGCCGAAGCCAGGCUUCUGGGACAAGCUGCCACUUGUCCUGCAAAGCAAGCUCCUACUGCGCUGGAGCCAAGAUGGCGAGAUCCACUUCUACCUCAAGGGCAGCCGCGACCCAUACUCGAUCGUGGGCAAUGGAGCAGGCUGGGUCAUGUGCUGGCGGAAAAACGUGCAGGUGCGACUGGGAUUCGAUAAUGAAGACAAGGAGUUCAUGCAAUUCCUGUCGAAUGAGUUUAUUCUCGCCAUACCUGACCUGCGCGACUACCAAGACAGCGCGGCUACGGGCUUGACGUCUGGCGAGGGUAGCGAGGAGGAGCCUGAAAAGAAGGAGCCGAAGCGCAAGCCAAAGGCCAGCGUCUCAUCCAGCUCAACCGACGAUGACGCCAACAAGGCACGAUCCACACUCGAUUUCGGACAUCAGCGUUACAAGAAGGAGCCUCACUUCUCCAAGAUCUGCCUGCGCCUCACUCACGGGGUACGUUGGGGAGCUUCACUGCGACAUGAGCACACCUGUCGAAACGGCAAUUGCCCCCGCGAUCCUCCUUGCCGCGGCGAUCUCUUCCACCGAGAAUGUCGCUUCUUCGAUCGCCGUCCGCACUGGAGUGUCAUUCAGCGCUCCAAAGAAUACAUGGACACCCUGCCUGAGGAGGAGCGCACCGACUCCUUCUACGGAUGGAGAUCUGACUUCACGCACCUCGGCAUCUCCAUCUACUCGCCGGAGCAUGGCUUUGAGGCGUACGGCGAGAAAUGGGGUCAGCAGCGCGGCGUCAACAACCUCUAUUUCUCGCCGUUGGCUUGGCAGCACUUCUGGGCGUGGCUACGCCUGUUCGAUAGUGCGAUGGGGUUACCAAUCCGCCACGGACGUCUGUUCCCUGGCACGGGCCCUCAAUCCCCCAAGUUCGGCCGUCAACUGGGCACCAUCAAGUACCGCUUCGACAUUGCCCCUCUCUUCAUCACCCACCUGUACCCUCAGUUCUCGCGCGCGGACUGGGCGCGCGGGGCAAAGACGAUGCUUGGCAUCAAAGCUCGCCUGGCUGUCUUCCACGUUGACAUGCAUCAGCGUCAACAAGAGAUGGUCAAGGAGAGACCCGAGACGAACGAGAAGAAGACGGGCUACCACAAGCCCUUCUAUGAGGCCGAGGCAGACUUUGGCGAGAUUGACCUUCGUGCCCUUCUCGGUCGCUUCACCGAUGUGUCGAAGAAGCUGGUCCCGCACGACGAGAUCGACGCCGAAGAUGAAUUCGCCGAGUUGUUCGAGGAUGACGCGCAAGAUCGCAAGCCAGUAGGCGUUGAGAGUGAGUGGCUCGACAUGCACGAUUUCAUCGAGGUCGACGCACUACCACCCGGCGAGGACAAUCCCAAGAUUCGCCUCAUUCCGACCUUGACUUGCCCGCGCUUCAACUUCUAUCGACGGUACGACUCGCGGCGAGAGUCGAAAGCGAAAGCCGAAGCGAAGGGCUCCUCGACUCUCGACGAGAAAGACGCCGACAAUCUUGAGCGCACCAAAUUCGGUAACGAGUGCCCUCAAACGCACACCUGUCUUAUUGGUAAGGCGCCCUGGCCGUCGCAAGUACAGAAGCAUUUGGCAACGGGGCGUAUUGAACAGCUUCAGAGGGAGCUUGAGGAAAGCAAGGCCAAAUCGACGCGAGAUGACUUGUUCACCCGUAUCAAGCUCAUCGGAGACUACAUGGAGAUGCUGAACAAGCUCGAGAAGCAGGAAGAAGCCAUCAAGGGUGGACCACCCGGGGCGAAUGCAGAUGGACAGCAAGGCGAAGGGCCAAGUGCAGACUCUUGCGGCGAUGGCUCCAUGGACAUACCUGAGCUCUACCAUGACUGGGAGACGUUUGACGAUCGUUUCUUCAUUCACAACCCUACGCUCUUUUUCACGAACGAGACGCGCUUCAUUCUCUUGCGCUACUACGUCAGCUCCAAGAGGCGCAAGGGAUUCAUCCACAACAUGACUGCGAGAGCGAUCUGGAAUAUCCGCCAACUCUCCGAGGCUCUAGAGAAGCAACCUGACCAUCGACCGGGGCCACAGCGGCAAAACACGACGGCCAGCAAAGCCGGCUCUGAGCUUUUGACGGGACUCUUGAACGAUACGAUGCAGUACGUCGUCUCGGACAUCGAUGAGCGCAAGGGAAAGGACGCCAAGCAGAACGCUCUACUCGACACGCGAGUAGAUCCUCAAGAGGGCAUCUCCGACGCUUUCAAGGUACGCCGUGCUAAUGUCUGUGUCUUGCUGAAGCCGCAGAUUGUCAUGAAGAGCCGCGUCGACAACCGCUCGUCCAUCAUCGUGACGGCCAUUCGCACCAGGCUGCAGAACUACGCCAUCUUGGAUCCGACCGUCACCGACGAAGACUCGGUCAAUCGCAGGGUCUUAUCUCGCAACUACUUCUCCCUCGAUGGGCUACAAGCGUUCUAUCCAAGCGACGAGCAGUCUCUCGCUCAAUCGCGCACUCAGCUCGUCUACGUGCCUCUCGAGACGCUCGUUGACCUCAAGCUCCAGACCAAGGACUUUGACCGCAUCGUCAGCCGUACGGAUGCCAGCUUGCGCUACGACAAGUUCAACCGCUUGAGACUCAACGACUCGACGAGGCCUCUCGCCGCCGACCUAGACUCUGCCGACCCGGCCGUUGAUCACCUGCGCCAUCACAUGGACUUGCUGCGAGUGCGCUGCCCACGCUUCGCCGUAUCUGCCAACUCGACGCACUUUGGGGCCAUGUACAACAUUGUCACCGAUCUCGUCCUCUAUCGAGCACCGUCAUGGAGAGAGCACGCCAAGCAGCUCGAAGCUAUGCAACUCAGCUACGACUUCAAAGACACCGGCCUGCUGGCUGACGUCGUCGCAAGCCUGCAGAUGCGCAUUCGUCAAGCUCUCGAGCUCGAUGCGCAAUACCAAUUGCGGUUUGACGAGCUCAACGAGAGAGGCAGGCACGAUCUCUUCGACCUCAAGGGGCACUUGUCGGAGCUCGUCGAGGAGCUGCUCCUCAUCACCGAGGCCAUCACCGCGUCAGAGGAUGCCAAGGCUGACGACGAAAAGGACAAGAAGUCUGCAUUGAGGAUGGAGGCGCAUGCGAACGACCUGUCGUGGAACAUGAUGGGCGAAGAAGAUGGCGAGCUACUGGCGAAGCUGUCAAUCAAGGGGCCGAGCUUCACUUGGCUCAACAAAGCAGAUAACUCGGCAGCCAACUCGCUCUCCAUCGUCGACCUUCACGCCGUCAACGUCCACCCGGACGCCUACUUUCCUGAGAUCAUCACCAAAUGGGACAAGGCGCCCGAGCAUCGCAUGGCCAAGCAGAAGCGCUUCGUCAAUGCAAUCUGGUCAGAGCUCGCGCCCGUCGGCGGCAUUUCGAUCGUCGACCAAUUUGAGCUUGAUCUGCAUCCCGUCAAGGUACAGCUUGAGCUCAAAGUUGGGCGCAUUAUCAUGGACUACGUGUUUGGUAGCAAGCGGCGACGUGAGCGCGAAGAACAGAAGCGCAAAGACGAGCUCGAAGAGGGGAGCAAGCAGCGGACAGUGUCCAAGAGCAAGCGCUCGCCCCUGGCCAUGCUUCGUGGUAGCGAAGGGAAGAGCAGCGAUACCAGCAGCAAUAAUAGCAGCGGGCAUGCUUCGCCGCGCAAGUCGUACGAUGUAUCGAGCCGUGGCGCUGAUGGCCAGGCUACCGAUGACGAAGAGCGACCGUCACGUCGCACAUCCACGUCAUCGGACGGGACGAAGCGAUCCGCUUCCUCUGACACCCGCCUCGAGUCAAAGGCGUCUUCGUCGUCGCUCAAGGACAAAGACAAGGACAAGGAGGGCAAAGAGAGCAAGGAGGAAGGUGACUCUGACGAGGAUAAAGACCACAGCCAGCAUGCCAUUGCCAAGCGCAACGCCGACGAGAUGAGGCAACGCUCGUCGUCAAACCUGACCUUCAUCUAUUUCAAGCUCCAGGAGACCGUCUUCUGCCUAUCGUACAAGAGCGACAAGGACAAGUCGAUCACGGACAUCUAUGAUCUCGUCUUCAGGGCGCCGGAUAUCGAGUACCGCAACCGCACAUGGGCGUACGAGGAGCUCGUGCAGCACAUGAAGAAGGACAUCUUCCGCGCUGCAUGGGGCCAAAGAACGACGAUCCUCAAGACAAUCUUGUCGCACAGACCAAAGCGACCGGAGGCUCUGCGCAACAUUCGUGAGAAGCAGGCGUGGCUGCGCAAGACUUCGUCGAGGGACGUUUCGCCCUCUGUACAGUUCAAUGUCGAGCCGCCGACGCCGCAGCGUAGCCGGGAGGGGACGCCGAACGAUACCUCCCUGGACAAGAAUGCUGCAGCUCCGAGCCAUGCGUACGUUGAGAGAGGACCCAACGGCGGCGGUGAUGGGGGCAGUUCUGGGGACGGUUCGAUUGAGGAAAUCGAACCUCAGAAUGAGGACAACUCACACCACUCCCAGAACAGGCUCAGCCGCUUCUUGCACAAUCAUCGACUGACUGGCGGUGGCAACAAUCGAUCUCAGUCUGGGAGCGACGCCUCAGGCAGCGGAACUCUUUCGCGUGCCUCAUCAGCUCACCACGAUGGAUCUUCGGGCGAAGGAACGACCGCGGUUGCGGAGGAGCGCGAGGAGAAUCAAAGGACGGUGCGCAGAAAGAGGGACGAGGACAACCAAGCUACGGUGCGCAGACGACCUGAUGAUAGUACGGUGCGCAAAAAGGGCAGCUUGGGCUUUUUGAGUAUGCAGCGGGAGCGCAGUCACUCGUCUGGCUCGCAUCGAUCUGUGAGCAGGAUGCGAGGCGGCGAAGAUGAGCAGCAAGAGCCGGGGAAGGAUGCGGACGAGGAGCAAAAGGCAAGGGCGUUGCUGGGCUCCUCGAGACAGUACUGAGAAUGAGUGUUUAUGACUUUGAUGUGUCGCUAAUGCAAAUGAGAUGAUGACAAACGAUUAGAUUUCCG